UCCCGAAUCCAGAGCAACUGCAUCAACAAAGAGUCCUGGGCAGAGUCCUGUACCUCUCAGAAGCUGCUGCUGCUGCCGCCGCCUGGGGAUGCGGAGAGGAGGGGGCUGCCGCUGACCCUCUGCAACACACCUGGCGAGGUUGGUGUGAGUAAAAGAAGUGAGCAUAAGAAAACAUCUACAUUUUCUAGUGUAGUGAAGUGUCACACAGAACCAACCAUGCCUGGAGAAGGAAAAUCUGACAUGGAGAGGAUUGGCCUCUUCAGUGAAAUGGAGUAUGUUACCAUUGGAGAUAAAUAUGUCACACACUAUAUGCGCCCUUUCAAUGAAGCUGCAAGCAAGAACAAACAAAUGUUACCUGGGGGUACCAAAAUGCUGUCAGCUCUUCAGGCAGGUUACUUUGAGCCUCAGUUUGUGAGGGUUUUCGAAGGUGAAGCCUACUCAAACCCUGUGCAACUAAGGAGGCGAUAUAGAUUGGCAGAGUCAAAGAAAAAUAUGGGCAAAGCAUUCCUUCCAAGCAAUGGAGUCAAACUGCCAUGCGGAGUGGGUACUUAUUAUGGAACUAUAGGUGGUCCAUAUCCAUUCUUCAGUGCACAACUAAGAGGGAAAACAGCAUAUGCUCCUCCUGGAAAGAACCUUUACACAAAUCCUGGAAAGAAAGGAACUGGAUAUGGAUAUCCAAAUCUUACCAUAGGUAAACAGUACCCACACUCAAGUGAGGUGUAUGAAAUCGGAAAAAUGAAUGCAAAGAAGGUGCAUGAAGACCAUUUGCGUUUGGUUAAAGGAGGGCCUUUCAAGUUAAAUCUCUAUCCUCGGGAAUAUUUUGACAUAAAUCCAUAUUUUGAUGAUAAACCUUUGGCACCCGCUAAGAAACCAACCCCAGAAAAGCCAGUUGCACACCCCUUUAAACCAAGUUCUCCUGCUAAAAAGGCAGGAGGCAUGAAAGCAGGAACAUUCGAUCCUUAUCCUUCGCAUUCUGCUGAGCCCUAUGUGGUUAAAUAUUCUAAGCCCAUCACAACUAAUAAAGAAGGACGGAUUUUUCAUCCUCCCCCUGGAUCAAAAAGCAGGCCUUCUACAAGUAUAAUGGCUUUAAAUGUCACAAGAUCGCUAAAUGUAAUGAACUACAAGACUACACACUUGAUAUAUUAGCUUUGAAUAGUGGGAUAAAGAAUACACUUCUUGGACUUUGUAAACUGUAACAAUUCAAUGAUUAAAGGGCAUUUGAAGUAAAUAAAACUUUUGUGGAAGAUAGAAUUCAGUCAAAUAAGGCAAACCCAGAUUUUAAUUGUAUCCUAUUUGAGACUAUAGUUUAUAAAUACAUAAAUUAUGUACAAAUUAUAUUUGUUUAAAGUGUGAAAUUAAACUAUAUUGAUACAAAUUUUAUAGUUUACUUGUAUUGUUGGAGAGAUUUAUAUAUCGAACAUACAUACCAAAAAGUAUUUUAGAUUUUAAGUUUUUAUAUAAAUGUUAUGAUGGUGGCAUCAAUAAACAGCAAUUACCUCUUCUGAGAUGAUCAAUAUUUAUUAACCAGAGAUAAUAUAUUGUGCAAAGUAAAGGUAUGGUUUCCCUUUAGAAACAAUAAAGAUUGAUGUUCAUCUUAACCAAGCCAAAACGCAUUACUGUAUUUGGAUUGUCGUCUUCAAAAGAAUAUGCCUUCUGUUAAGAUGGCCUUCUCAAAAUAGACUCCAUCUCCCAUUGUUUACAAAACGGACUGAGGCCAUAACCUGUCAAAGCAAACAUGGCCACCACCUCCAUUCAGCUGCACUUCCCAGUGCUCCUCUCUCUGCCUCUUGACAGCAUAAACUGCUGUAAUCUUUCUUAAGGGCAGUUUGGCUUCACUUCCGUGAAGGGGAAAAAACUGAAAAAAUCUAUUGUGUCUUAAAAAAUCAGUUUCUUAUAACCUGAGACCACAAACACGAACUUUAACCCCCUCUUCACAUAGCUCAGCGGUUUGAGCAUUGGCCUGCUAAACCCAGGGCUGUGAAUUCAAUCCUUGAGGGGGCCAUUUAGGGAUCUGGGCCAAAAAUUGGGGAUUGGUCCUGCUUUGAGCCAGGGGUUGGACUAGAUGACCUCCUGAGGUCCCUUCUAACCCUGAUAUUCUAUGAUUCUAUGAAUUGGUAUAAGGUCCAAUGCAGUAUAGCUCGAGCCAUGUCAGUCCCAGGCUAUAAGAGAGGCAAAGCGAGUGAUGUAAUAUUUUUUAUUGGACCAACUUCUGCUGGUGAGAGAGACACGCUUUCGAACACACAGAAAGCUUGUCUCUCUCACCAACAGAAGUUGGUCUAAUAAAAUAUUAUUUCCUCACCCACCUUGUCUCUAUAAGCUCUCAGGUAUUCAGGACAGUUUGUUAGUGUAUCAACAUAGUGUAAAUUAUGACAAAAAUCCACAAAGUAUCCAACUUGAACAUUUAGACAUACAAAAUUGUUACACAAAGAUAAUGUUUUUAUGUUAACAUGUAUUAGGAGACUCAUUUUAAUACCAAAAGGAUUCUUGGGCUAGCCUACCACUUUGUUAUUCACUGAGUAAUAGCCAAAAAAAAAAAAAAGUAAAUAAAAUUGAGACUGAACAUGAUGUUUUUCAACAUUUAUUUGUAUGAAAAUGAAAAGUAAAAUAUUGGCCAGGUCUUUCAGUCCUUACUUAGGCAAAAUAACCAUUGAGAUCAAUAGAGGCUUUGCCUGAGUAAAGUUACUGUGGGACAGGGCCUACUAGUAUUUAUAUAUUUUAAUUUAUAUGGCAGUUUUGGUGUUUUCCAAGUCCACGGACAUCAAGCAUGGUUCAUUUCUUUUUUAAUUUAAAAGUUUUUAUAUUAUUGAACAGGUAUUAGUAAUAGUGCUGUCCUUUGACGUUUUGGUGUCAUCUUCAUAGGAAAUAUCAGAAAGAUAUAUGGCCAGUCAUUUGGAUGCAUUCAUCAUUGCUGAACUCUCUAGAUCAGUGCUUCUCAAGCUAUCUGAUGUGGGGGACUGGCAGUUUUUUUUUCCAAUGUGCACGCAGACCGGCAGCCGAUGCGUGCCGGUCCGCGGACCACCACUUUGAGUAGCACUGCUCCAGAUUCAAAAUCACUAGGUAGCAGAGCAAACUGUACUGUAUGUCUUCUUGACUGCAGUUCUAAAACUUGACUCCUUGAUUACAGAUGUAGUGCAGCUGACUGAAAUAGCACUAUAGUGUUUCUUUACAUCCAUGUGCAUCUUAUCUUUUUGUAACUCUUCCUCUUCUAGCUUCUUUCAUAUUCCAGCAAUCUUUCCAUUCUCUAACAAAUUGGAAACACUGGAGAUUUAAUUAAAACUUUUAAAGCUUAAUUUUAAAAAAAUCGAUUGAACUUUGUUAGUAGAGAUUUUCACAGCUGUCAAGAAUGUGGGCCAAGCUCACGUGCCUCUCAUAUGAGUUACUGCCUUUCCCCUUAUACUGUCAGUUGAUCGGGGCAGGAAAUGUGUGUUCCUAUGUGUCUGUGUUGUGCCUAGCACAAUGAGGUUAUUCCUGAUUGCCUACCAUAAUGGGGCCCACUUCUGGUUAGAGCCUCUGGAUGCUACUGUUUAUUAUACAAAUAAAAAGUCUGUUGCUUGUCUUUUA